AUGGACGGAUUACAAAAUGGGGCACUCAGUGAUUACACUUUCCUUGGAUCACUAGGUCAAGGUUCAUUUGCAACUGUUUUCCGUGCUCGCCACAAUCCAACUGGAAAAUUUGUGGCUGUAAAACAAUUUCCAAAAGCAAAGCUUCAAGACCCAGAUGAUAGGGCAGCUUUUAUAAAUGAAAUUAAUAUUCACAAGAUUGCAGAUCAUCCUUUGAUAGCAACUUGUUAUGAAGUCGUCGAGAACUCAGAUUCUUAUUUCUUAUCUAUGGAAAUAGUUGAAAACGACUCUCUUCUUAACUUCAUAAAUAUACACAAUGGUCUAACAGAAAUAGUUGCGAGGAAGAUUUUUUGCCAAAUUGUCAUGGUGUUGGAUUACCUUCACAAUACUCUUAAUGUUAUACAUCGUGACUUAAAAGCAGAAAAUAUAUUGUUAGAUCUAAACGGCAACAUAAGAUUAAUUGAUUUUGGGCUUUCGAAGAAGAUUCAUGCAACGAACGCCAUGAUGAAUACAAUUUGCGGUUCGCCAGCAUAUGCAGCUCCCGAACUUGUUCAGGGUAUUCCUUAUACAAAGUCCGUUGAUAUAUGGUCUAUUGGCGUAAUUUUGUUUGCUAUGGUUGCCGGUUAUCUUCCAUUUGACGAUGACAACAUACACGCUCAAUUGCAUCGCAUUGUUACCCGUGAACCAGAAUACCCAGAUACAUUAUCGCCAAUAUUAGUUGACCUGUUAAAGCGAUUAUUAUGUAAAGAUCCUUCACUUCGCAUUACGAUUAACGAACUCAAAAUUCAUCCAUGGGUUCAUCAAAGCAUUGUCCAUUGUGAGUUCGAUCCUGAUAUUUUUAGCAAUUCUUAUCAUAUGAUUGACCAACAAGUCGUGAACACCCUUAAGGACUUAAAUAUACCAACUACAAACUUAGCUCAAGACCUUAUGAAUGGAUGUUUGACACGAGCUACAGCAUCUUACAAGAUAUUACGUCGUGAAGUCACUACAAAGAAACUCAAUGAUAUUUUUGCGCUACAGCCGAUGCCACGUAAGCACUCCGUGUUAUCCCCACGAAGAUCAGCAGAUACUUUACCAAAACUCGAUUUCACUCCUACAAAACUUUCAGAAAGUAAAAACCACACAAACACACAGAGUACACCUGAGCACUACACGUCAAAGAUUAUCAUUCCAAGGAAAAUAUCGAAUAAACCUAAUCCGAACUCCCCAUUAUUACCUCCUUCCCCUGCAAGGCGAAGGCAAAGAGCGAUGAGCUUUAUGAAGAACUCCGUUAACCCCGUAAUGCCUAAUAUUGGCCAAUCUAUCAGCCCUCUUGUAUAA